AAGGGGAGGCGGUUAGAGCGAUAGGAGGUGCGUGAGGGAGACGUUGUACACCCUCUGCAGAGGGAGAGUGCAGCGAUGGGUAAUGCGCAGGACAAACCUCCUGGUAGUGGAGGAGGGGGGGCCAAAACAGACCAUGCUACGCCAGGGAGAGGUAGACGAAGCUGGGGUCCCGGAAGCACCACACACAGGCCCCCGGACAAGGCACCGGUGGUCAACGGUGCCCAGGCAGGAGGUGGACAUACCGGGGGACGGCCACCACAGGAGGUCCCCGUGGUGGACACGAGCCAUCUGGACGCCCCGGCGGGAGCCCUCCCACCCCCUCUGGCGCGUUUGAAAAAUGAGGGGAACCAACUCUUCAAAAAUGGCCAGUUCGGGGAGGCCUUGGAGAAAUACACCCUGGCCAUUGAUGGAUGUGCCGAUGCAGGUGUUGAAAGCCCAGAGGACCUGGGGAUCCUCCACUCUAACCGAGCGGCCUGUUACCUGAAGGAUGGAAACAGUGCUGACUGCAUACAGGACUGUACAAGGGCUCUGGAGCUGCAGCCGUACUCCCUGAAGCCGCUCCUGCGCAGGGCGAUGGCCUACGAGACCCUGGAGCGCUACAAGAAGGCCUACGUGGACUACAAGACGGUGCUGCAGAUAGACACCGGCGUGCAGGCGGCGCACGACAGUGUUCAUAGAAUCACCAAACUGCUGAUCGAUCAGGAGGGUCCGGAGUGGCGGGAGAACCUUCCGGAGAUCCCCCUGGUUCCGAUGCUCGUCAAGCAGCAGCACCAAGCGAAGCCCAUCAGUGCCGAGCUGACCCAGGCCCGCGCCUCACGGGCCGCGAACGAAGAAGCCAGGAGAAAGGACACCCGCUUCACAUUGUUAAAACAUGAAGGCAACGACUUUGUGAAGCGAGGCCAAUUCAGGGACGCCGCGGAGAAGUACAGCGAAUGUCUCAGCAUCAAGCCCGAGGAUUGCUCGGUUUACACCAACAGAGCAAUUUGCUUUCUGAAACUUCAUCAGUAUGCAGAGGCCAAAGAGGACUGUGACUCCGCCCUGAGUCUGGAGCCAGCCAAUAAGAAGGCAUUCUACAGACGCGCCCUGGCCCAUAAGGGUUUAAAGGACUACCUGGCGGCCAGCAGUGACCUCCAGGAGGUGAUGGUUCUGGACCCCAACGUGCACGAGGCAGAGGAGGAGCUCCAGAACGUCACCUCGCUGCUCCGACAGAGCCUGAUGGACAGACACUAACCACACACACACACACACAGACACACACAGGUCUCUCUCUCUCUCUCAUUUCUAACCGGUCACCUCCCUGCUCAGACAGAGCCUGAUGGACAAACACUAACCACACACACAGGUCUCUCUCUCUCUCUCUCUCUCUCUCUCUCAUUUCUAACCGGUCACCUCCCUGCUCACAGAGCCUAAUGGACAGACACUAACCACAUACACAGGUCUCUCGCUCUCCCUCUCUUUGUGUCUCUUUGUCUAUCUCAUGUUUAACCGGUCACUCCCUGCUCAGUCUCAGACAGCCUGAUGGACAAAUACUAACCACACAGGCCGCAUUAUCUCCUUGUCUCGCUCACCUCCAUUUUCUUUCUUGCCAUCUCUUUCAUGCUCUAUAGCUUUCGGUCUGUGUCUCCCUCUUUCUCUCAUGUUUAGUUUUUUGCCUCACACUUAAUUGCUGAUUCCUGUUCUCUCUGUCUCCAUCAGUCGGGCCGGUCUAUCCGUCUCUCUUUCUGCCGUCGAUCAGCAUCUGUCACUCCGUCUCUGUCCCUACAGCCGUCAGUCCGCCUCCCGCAAUCGAAUUCGUAAUCGAAUCAUAAUUCCGUAGGAAUCGUCAGUCCGAUUCCUCUUUUGUCUGUUUUCGCUCUCUCUCCCCUCUCUAAUUUGCAUUGCCUAAAAACUGAGACUAAAGGAAAACAAUAACAAUAUCCACUAAACAAACUAGAAGAUGUGGUUGCAGAGCCAAUAUUGAAUCUUUCACUGUUGACUUUUUAGACUCGUGUGUGAAAUGUGUGGAGGAGAGAUGACCACGAGGGUCAAUACUUAUGUGAACUCUUGAUUAACACGUCUAAGAUCAACAACACGUCAAGCAUCGUAUCAUCUCCAUCCAGGUAGUGCAGCUUGUGGAGCGAGGGUGGAGCAACACCACCAGAGAAAAGGGCAACUAGGAGGUGGAGAAACAAGAUGGCCCAGUGGAAGAAAAAAUAAAAAGAGACUUUUUUCUGGCCGGACCAAUCAACCAAGGGCUUGAGAGACAAUGGUGAAAUACAGAUGAUAUAUAUAUUUAUCCGUCCAUGGAGCAGCUUUUUGCAACUCAGCAUCUCCGGAAACCUUUUGUACCAUCCAUCACGGAGUACACAGAUCCCGCAGCAACGAGCUUCCCAAGGUCCUCGUGACUUAAAAAAAAGAACGGGAUGAAAAAAUGCCUAAGACACAAUACAGUGUGGGGUUGGGAGGUGUUGUUGAAUGACCCGUGGAGCAAAGUAAGAAAUGUGUGCCUUAUCAAGCUUCAUCCGUUUCUCAGCGAAUAUGCCAACAUUACCAGAACGCAGGCACAGUUUAGGGUUAAUUUCAACCAUAAAGUUUAUGGUUAGGGUUUUGUUAUCCCACAGAAUUCCCUGAACGAUGGUCGCGGUCGGUCUAAAUAUUUGUUUUCUUGCGUGUUGGAUACACUCCUGCUUUGUUUCAAGUGAUAAUAUUGAAUUGCUUUGCACUUGUACACAAUACGCUGCAUUUUGCACUAGUGUGUACUUAUGUUGUAUUUUAUGUUGUAUCCGUGUGUCCUCAUAAUUCGUAAGGUUUGAUGAACCCAUGUCAUCUAUUUUUGCCCCCCAAAAUUGGUUUCACCAUCGCUUGCAUCUGUAAGCAGCUUAAAAUCCCUUUGGAAUCCAAGCAAACACCAAACAAUGAUUUAACUUGUUAAAGAAAGAAAACAUGCAUGUUUUAUUUUGGUUAAUCAAUGAUGAUAAACUUUGUGUGUGGGGAUAAAAAACUUUUUUGGAAAUAGUUUAAAACAAAGCUGACCUCCAGGCUGUCCCUGAUUGGAUAAGAUAAUCUACAUGUACUGUACGAUUCUGGGCUCAGGUUAAACUGUGAAUGUAACCCAUGAUGGCUGCGUGAUGUGUUUACACGUUUACAGUAUUUGAGAUCAGAGAUUUUUUCCAAUUCAUGACUUCAGCCUCUGAAUCUUAAUUUUAGAAGACACGCAGAGGGGGAGUUUAAUGUACCAAAACAAAAAAAAGAGAAACUUGGCAUGGAUUGAAUGUAAAUCAUUUUGAAUGCAAAUAAAUUGCAUUGGGAAUGCUUUGUAAUGAGAA